AUUGAAGCCGAUAGAGUGUCUUUUUUAAGCCUAAAAUUUCAACAACUACAUAUUUUAGCACUUCUAGCAGAUUUCAUCCCCAGCAUUUCUCACUCUCUCACGCUCUCACACCCCGUGCACCGGUCGGUUCGUUGUCUAAUUUCCUUUCCAGAGCAUCGAUCAUCAUGCAGCUCAGCAGCUGACGAACCGCACCACUAGCACUGUUGGACUGGUGGUCUGGUUUGGCGUUUGUUGGCAGCAGCAAGCUCGCGGUGCCAGUUCUUCACUGCGGCUUGAUCCGUCCGGUUCGUCGCUUCAAACCCGUUCAAUUCUCUUUCUCUCUGUGUGUCGGCUCGGCUCCUUCCUUGCGUAGUGUUGCUGCGACGGCGCGCGUGCCAAUUCCUAGUGCGUGAUUCACAUUUCUCCUCGGCGGCGUUGCUUUUCCUUCCGCAUUUGAGACAUUGUGCCGUCGUCGUCGUCUGCUGGUGCCGCCGUGUAGUAUUCCUGGUUUCGAAUCCCGGUCACCUGCGCGCGUGGGGGUGUCAUCGUUUCGUUCCUGUGCGAGAAGGAAGAAACUCGUUCAAGAUUGGGGUAGUCUGUGCGAGCGUGUGUGUCUGCAGUUGUGUGGAUUUAAGUGGAUUUUCGGAUCGACACGGAGACGCGCAACCCGGUUAUCAACGGCGCAACCGAUCCGACGACCAGAGGCAGCAACUUGUUUGCCCGAGAUUAGUGUCAACUCGAUUCCAGCCCGAGACGUUCGAGAUCCCGUAUGGAGCGAUUGUGGUGAACACGAGUGUCGUCCCGCGCACAUCUCUCGGCGCACGGCGGGGCCCGGCGGAGAUCCCGAGUGUGUGAGGUGUAAUUUCGGUGUCAUCCCGCUGCUACCAGAAAGAAUGAAAAAUAGAUCCGCGCAAUCAAUCGGAGCAGCAGCUGAAGCAGUAGCAGCACGGACAGCCAGAGCAGUAGUGCCAGAGCCAGCUUUGUUGGAGGAGAAGGUGGUGGUGGACGGUAACCAAAACCGUGACGACGCCACCAGUAGUGGAAGAUGCUCUCAUGGCAUUUCGUAACGUGCGUGAUUGGAAUUUUCAUCCUCGGCCAUGGAAGUUUCCUAACACAGACGACGACGCCAACAAUAGCUAGUGCAAACGUCAUCCAGAACGUGCUGGGUGUCCCCUCAACCUGCGUGCACCAGAACGUGGUUCGUCAGUGCCGGUUGUCAUUUUCCUGCUGGCUGGAAGGUGGCCGCCAUGUCGCUGGAUGCGGCGACAGUCGAUGGCUGUUCUCGUGUUGCGUCAAGGACAAUGAAGUUUCCUCGUCUUCCGCUAUGAUCACUUCCAAGCUGGCGUUUGCUGCACCGAUGCGACCCAUGGUUGCACCCGUUCCGGUGGUUCCCAUGAAGACGAUGUCCUAUGCGGCUCCGAAGAAGAGCAGUUUUCUCCGGAGGCGAUCCGAUCAGAUGGGGAACAUGGACUGUGGCAUCCCUCGAACGGCGCAGAACACCCUUCAGAAACGCAUCAUCGGAGGCCGAACGGCCAACUUCGCAGAAUACCCCUGGCAAGCGCACAUCCGAAUAGCCGAGUACCAGUGCGGUGGAGUUCUUGUGUCGAGAAUGUUCAUAGCAACGGCAGCUCACUGUAUCCAACAGGCCCGUCUCAAGGACAUCGUCAUCUACCUCGGCGAGCUGGACACCCAGAACUCCGGAAAAAUAGUCGAGCCGCUUCCGGCGGAAAAACACCGCGCCGAGAUGAAAAUCGUCCAUCCGAAGUUCCUGUUCCGAAUGACGCAGCCGGACCGAUACGAUCUGGCACUGCUCAAGCUGACCCGGCCGGCCGGUUACAAAACGCACAUUCUGCCGAUUUGUCUUCCGGUGAGGCCGCUGGAGCUGAUCGGCCGGAAGGGCAUCAUCGCCGGGUGGGGCAAAACCGAUGCCAACAUGGGCCAGACGGGGACCAACAUUCUGCGGACAGCAGCGGUGCCGAUUAUUAGUACAAAAGAGUGCCUUCGGUGGCACAAUAGCAAACACAUCAAUGUGGAGCUCUACAAUGAAAUGUUUUGUGCGGGUCACUCGGACGGACAUCAGGAUGCCUGUUUAGGCGACUCCGGUGGUCCGCUGAUCAUCAACGACCGGGGUCGGUUCACGCUGAUCGGAAUCACCAGUGCCGGGUUCGGGUGCGGAGUGGACCACCAGCCGGGAAUCUACCAUAACAUCCAGAAGACGGUCAAGUGGAUACAGAAUGUGAUUUUAACGGCAAGUUAGGGAUCAAGAGAAGAAUCUGCUAACAACACACACCCGCACGCGAUAUGGUGGUGCUGUAACAGCCAGCGCGGUGUGCGAUGGAAUCAACAGUAUUGUUUUUAGAGGAAACUUACGCGAGUUUGCGUCGCGCAACGCGGAAACACUUGCAACUCUCUACUGGUGUCGCUGGUGCCACAGCGGCCCGCAGGAUAUUUUACCUUUUUAAAACGAAAUAAGCUAUAAAUGUGAUGAUCUAAAGCUACUAUGAAAUUUCUGUGAGAAUUUUAUACGGUACCUACAUUUUAAACGGGAAGAUGCUUCAACUACUAUUACUAUUACUACUACUUCGUACUACAACUGCCGCUACUACUCGAAGGGUGAUAAUCUAUUUUUAUGGUAUUUUAGUGCUAUUUUACCUUUUCACCUCUAUUGCUAGACACAUUGAAAUGUGUCGGCUUUUAGAAAGUAGAAUAUCGUCUUGUAAUGGCGAUAAAAAUAAUUUAUUAUUUCAGGAUAGAAAAAAAAUAAACAUAAAUAUUUAUAUGA